AUGACAGCCAACCUCACAGAAGAUGCCUCCACUUCCAAUAUAACGUGGGGGACCCCAGACCCCUCCCCAGUCCUCUGCACCCAGACGGAAACCUUUACUGAAGAGACAGAAAGAGCAGAAUGGGGCUCCUUCUACUACUCCUUUAAGACUGAGCAGUUGAUCACUCUGUGGGUCCUCUUCAUCUUCACCAUCGUGGGGAACUCCACGGUGCUGCUCUCCACAUGGAGGAGGAAGAGAAAAUCGAGAAUGACCUUCUUUGUGACUCAGCUGGCGAUCACAGACUCUUUCACAGGGCUGGUCAACAUUUUGACUGAUAUCAUCUGGAGAUUCACUGGAGACUUCAUGGCACCUGACCUGGUUUGCCGAGUUGUUCGCUAUUUGCAGGUUGUGCUACUCUAUGCCUCUACAUAUGUCCUAGUGUCUCUCAGCAUAGACAGAUACCAUGCCAUUGUCUACCCCAUGAAGUUCCUGCAAGGAGAAAAGCAAGCCAAGGUCCUUAUCAUGAUUGCCUGGAGCCUCUCAUUCCUGUUCUCCAUUCCCACUCUGAUCAUAUUUGGAAAAAGAAAGCUCUCCAAUGGUGAAGUGCAGUGCUGGGCCCUGUGGCCUGAUGACUCCUACUGGACGCCAUACAUGACCAUCGUUGCUUUCCUUGUGUACUUCAUUCCCCUGACAAUCAUCAGUGUCAUCUAUGCCAUUGUGAUCCGAACUAUUUGGAUUAAAAAUAAAACUCUUGAGACAGUGAUUUCUAACUGCUCAGAUGGAAAGCUGUGUACCAGCUACAACCGAGGACUCAUCUCGAAAGCAAGAUUCAAGGCCAUCAAGUACAGUGCUGUCAUCAUUCUUGCCUUUAUCUGCUGCUGGAGUCCAUACUUUCUCUUCGAUAUUUUGGAUAACUUUAACCUCCUUCCAGACACCAAAGAGCGCUUUUACACCUCUGUGAUCAUUCAGAACCUCCCAGCCUUAAACAGUGCCAUCAACCCUCUCAUUUAUGGUGUGUUCAACGGCUCUGUCUGUUUUCCCUGCAGGGAGCAAAGAUUGCAAGAUUCCAGAAUGACACACCGAGAGAGAGCUGAGAGGCAUAAGAUGCAGGUUUUUCCCAAGCCAGAAUUCAUCUAG